AGCAGUGCGUUGGGUCCGUCCGUCAGUGAAGGGUUAAACUGGGAGUUUGCAGCAGUCUCUCCUUUCUGUCCGCUGCUUUUAGCGGAAAACAUCUGACUACUGCUCGUUUUCCAAAAGCUGUGUUUGAUUUUACUCAUUUUGCACCGGAGCCGCGGAGGCAUCACGGGAACGAAAAAAAAAAAAAAAAAAAAUAGGAUCACCGUUUCAACAAGAGAUUUCAUCAUCUCUCUGCGCGCUUUCACACAGACAAAGUUAAAGCAUGUGUGGGUGUUGAGAGUCAUCUGCUCGGUUGACCUCGCUGCCCCCGAACACGGAGCUGCACGUCUGCUUUACCCCCGACUGUCCACUUGUCCAGUGAGGCUCACUCCACACCAUGUCUGCAGAGGUGGAGAACAGCGUGCCCGUCCAUGCCGACCCCAGCCUCGCCUCCCCGUCUACAGGCUCGAUCUCCAACAGCCCUCCAGCCUCCCCUGCAACAGCCACAUCCAAGGUCCCGUUCAAGAAAGAGAAGAAGAAAGUUGCAGAGAAGACAGAUGAGUACCUGCUGGGCAGGUUUCAAGGUGACGGCGUGAGGUACAAGGCGAAGCUGAUUGGCAUCGAUGAUGUCCCAGAGGCCCGGGGAGACAAGAUGUGCCAGGACUCCAUGAUGAAACUCAAGGGAAUGGCAGUAGCUGCUCGGUCCCAAGGCAAACACAAACAGAGGAUCUGGGUCAACAUUUCCAUGUCGGGCAUCAAGAUCAUUGAUGAGAAAUCAGGAGUGAUUGAACACGAGCAUGUGGUGAAUAAGAUCUCCUUCAUCGCCAGAGAUGUAACGGAUAACAGGGCGUUCGGAUACGUGUGUGGAGCAGAAGGACAGCAUCAGUUCUUUGCCAUAAAGACUGCACAACAGGCAGAGCCCCUGGUCAUUGACCUGAAAGAUCUCUUCCAGGUCAUCUUCAACAUAAGGAAGAAAGAGGCAGAGGCCUCACAGAAGGCUGAAAACGGCGCUGUGGUAGUUGAGAAUGGAAACGAUGCCUUGCUAAACAUGGACGGUGCAGUAAAAACUGCCCAACCAGUGGAACAGCUUGACCUUUUUGGGGCCAUGUCGACCCCCCCAGACAUCCAGGCUCCAAAUUCGACAUCAAGUGAUCUGUUUGGAGCAGAGCUGUUUGCUGCUCCUGGUCAAACUGAGGGAUCAUCUGCACCAAAUGACUUUUUCAACAGUACACCAGCCAGCUCUGCUCCCGCCUCCAUAGCUGCUCUGGGGAACCUUCAGUUAGGUCCUCCAGCUACCACAAGUAUCCCUGCUGCAGGCAUGUGGGGAGCCUCCACCACUGCACCCUCCAUGUUUCCUAUGCCAGGAGUGACAUCCCCAGGCCCUAUGCCCAACUUCCCACAGCCCUCUGCCUUUGGUGGUCUACCCAUACCUCCCACAGCCUGGGGCCAGCAGAUGCCACCUCAGUUUGGCGUUCCGCCUAACGCCUGGGGCCAGCCUCCACCAACUGUGCCAGUUGGCGCUCCAGGUUGGGGUCAGCCCGCAAUGACCAAUCCUUUCCAUGCGGGCGCGUUCUCUGCAAUGGGUGACCAGCACGGUCCUUCACGCCCCCCACCUAGGCCACCUGCUAAAGAGGCCCCUCCAAAGGUAGAGAACAGUGCCUUCACAGCUUUGGACCCUCUUGGGGAUAAGGAGAAGAAGACUGGAAAAGACAUGUUCAAGGACUUCCAGAUUGCCAAGCCUCCAGCCAUCCCAGCGAGGAAAGGCGAGCUCGUGUCCAACUCUGCUCCGGACCCCAGCAGCAGUGAAGCAGGGGCGUUCGAUCAGUACUUUUCCAAUAAAGUGGGCCUGGUUCAGGAUGUCGCAGAUCACGAUGACUUUGAUAUCAAUCAAAUGCCAGCAGUCAACGAUGUCCGCAGUCUCGCUCCUGCUCCAGCUGCAGCCCCUGCUCCAAGCUUUAACCCCGGCCUCCUCGACAGCGCCUUCUCCUCUGCUCCCGUCGCAAACAACGUAGCUCCGGCCCAGGGACACGGCCUCAAUCAGGACAAGUUUGAUGAAGCAUUUGGGGCCCCAAAUUCCAGUCUGUUUGGAGUGCCACCUGUAACUAUGCAGACUACAGCUGUUGGUCAGAACUCUGGUUCAACAGCUGCUUUUGGGGAUCCUUUUGGAAAUCCCUUUGCUUGACCACAACUUUGUCCACAAUGGAAAUAGAGUCAAUGGCGCAAAUGGAGAUCUUCACAUCAAAUAACAUCUUUGGGACAAUCUGCAACAUGUGCAAGACAAUCCAAAAUCCUUAUACUCUUCUAACUCUUGUCCCUGAUCCACUCGUCUUUUACACCUCCACCUUUUGAUGUUGUUUUUUUUCUAUCCAAUCAGUAGUUCCCUUAUUUCUGAAGACCACUGAUCCAAGAAGUAAAUGCUAUGUCAUGAUCUGCUGAAGAAAGAAACGUGGUGUGUGAGAGAAGGCAUGUCCAAAGAGGUUCACUGCUGAUGCUGUGUGUAUUAAAGAAAUAAAAAAAUAAUUCAAUCAUAAUGCUGCAAGGUGUUGACAAGUCCAUUGCCUUUUUCAGAGAGAGUUUGUGAUUCGGCAGUUUGCAAUCCGCUGGAGGGUUCAGCAGUCAGGCAGAUAUACUGUAUGAUUCAAGAAAUGCAAAGGUCAGUUCAGGCUGCAUGCCCAAACACUCAUGGUGCCAUUUUUUUUUUCUCUGUAACUCUCAAAAGUGCUUCCAUAGGCUAAGUCUAUUUAUUUUAUGUUCUAACAUUAUGUGAUAUGACAUUACGUGGGUGAACUGUUGCAACACUGGUGAACAUGUGCUAAAAGAGACAAAAUAGAAAAAGAAAACGACUCAAACUUUUAAUAAUUGAACUUUUUGAGCUGCUCAACUUAACAUACAGAAAAAUCAGAGCUAUCUUAUAUGGAAACCCAAUUAGAAACCCCAAAUGAAAUCCACAUGAGAUUGUUAAAGUUCCAUAUUAUUGAACUAUACUUAAAAAAGGUUCUCAAUAGGCACAAAAUAGAGUGUAAAGUCAAAGAAAAAGGUUGGAGAUCAGUGGCAGAAGAAGCAUUCAGACCUUCAUUUUCUUCACUUAAGUAAAAGUAGAAAUACCACAGUGUAAAAUGCUCAGGUAGAUGUCACAGUCUAAAUUUUACUUAAGUAAAAGUACAUUAAGUAUAAUCAGCAGAAUGUAUUUACAGUAUCAAAGGUAAAAGUACUUCUGUAAAAGAAUGGCCACUAUCAUUUAUUGUAUUGUGUUAAGGUGAAGCUAAUUUGAACUCCUAUCUACUGUUGGGUCAUUUCAUUUGUAAUGAGUCGUCUUAUAUGCUCAUCGCUGAUUUCGUAUGUACAGUUUUAAUUAGCAAAGCAAGUAUAAAUGUCAAAUUAGAAUUUGUGGAGCAAAAAGUGCAAUAUUUGCCGCUGAAAUGUAGUGAAGUAUGAUUAUGAGAAUAAAGUGGAAAUAUCCAAGUA